CGUUUGCCAAACUCCGCCGCCGGUAUGUUAUUUCUCAUGUAUUAAGGCGUUUAGCCGCCGGAAAAACCCUAAAUAUUUUAGUAUUGAUUCUUCUUUUCCCUUCGAUUUGCAGAUCUGUAACGGCUUGGGGCCACAUCUUCUCCGACCAUAUCUUCUCGGACAAUAUAUUCUCCAACUGCCUUAAAAUGGAUUUACCAGAAUUCCCGCCGAGGAUGUUUACAUUAGGAGAAGAGCCUGAUGCAAUCAGGAGCAUUUCGUAUCAUUCUGAUGACACGAAGUUGUUUAAAGCUCUAUGUGAUUGUCUCACAGCUGACAAAUAUGAGGAUCUGAAGGCGUCGAAGUUAGGAGUGUUCAUCAAAUUCAAGGAGCUUGACUUUGGUUGGACUUCAAGGCUGGUACAUUUUAUGCUUUCUUUCCAGCUAGACAUCAAGAAGAAGUUUGAGCUCUGGAGUCUUGUCGUUUCACAACCUGUGAGGUUUUCACUGAUAGAGUUUGAACACCUCACUGGGCUGAACUGCGAUUACAUCAAGGACCUGGAAAAUCCAAGGUGUGAGGUUACGACGGAGAUGGCUGCUUUCUGGGAGAAGAUGCGUGUUGAUAUCGAUACUGGGCCAAGUAUUGAUCAGAUAACAGAAGCAUUUUACAACUGCGACGAGUGGUCUCGGGAUGAUCGCAUGCGGCUGGGAUACCUUGCCAUCUACGCAGGGUACAUCGAAGGGAAAAAGUUCUCAUCCGCUACAUCAGCUAGUCUUGCAAGGCUAGUGAUGGAUUUAAAAAAAUUUGAGAAUUAUCCAUGGGGGAGAGUGGCGUUUAAGGUGCUGAUGGAUUCUCUGAAGGCAAAAGACUUGACGCAAACUGGUUACACUGUUGAUGGAUUCAUACAAGUGCUCCAAGUGUGGGCGUACUAUGCUCUGCCAGAAUUGGGUGCUAAUUAUGGGUCUCCCAUACCAAACAGACCGUCUCCACUGUUGCUGGCUUACAAGAGUGGCAAAAGACAACGCAAAUUUUUUAAGGCUGCUAUCAAUAAACAUGUACUUAACUUCACUCCUAAGACUUCUCAGACGACUUAAAGUUAAGUCGUGUGGAAAGUCUUCCAACACAAGACCACUCAGACGACUUACUUUUAAGUCGUCUGAGUGGUCUUUUU